AGGCGACUUAGGGGAAGCCUUUCCUUCUCUUCCUAGUGAGGGCUGCCCGGGUCCGGGUGGGUAAAGCAUCACGUUUUUCCUUGUUGACCCUUCCCUUUCUCCUCUUCCUUCUUUCCUUCCUCCUUCCUUGAAUUUGAUUUUUCUUCGUGCGUUGUCGUCUCGUCGUCUUGUCUGUCGUUCUCCCUUCCAAGCUCCGCAUUCCAUCUGUUUUUUCCCCUCUCCUCUCCCCUACUCUAUCGUUUCUCCUGCAAAAGCAAACAUCCCUUCUCCCAUUGAUUUUCCCCCUCCUCCCUCAGCAACUCCCGAUCCAGAUUCCAGAAGCCAUCUCCCCUCUCUCUCUCUCCCUGCCGUGCUCUUUCUGUGCCUCGCUGACCGCCGCCCGCCAGUUCCUUCCGCCUGCGCUGCUGCGCCGGCCCAUCUCCGUCAUCCCUCACCCUGUCCGGGCUGCUCCUCUCCGCCACUGACUCGCUACCUUCUAGUGGAAUACCACUGCCGCUGCCGCUGCCGCCCUCCAGUUUCCGAUCGCAAUCGCCGUCUCCCCUUACCUCUUCCCUCUCCCGAUCCAAAGCUCUCUCCCCUCUCCCUGCUCUGGCUGCGCAAUUCCGCCUCCGAGUCCUUACAUUCGAGUGGAAGAGCACGAGUGGAACACCCCCAUUUGCCGGCUCUCCCAGUUGUUGCAGGUUGAAACCGAAUUUCAAGGUACUUUUGCUGGCUGCUGAAUGUUGUCCAGGCGGUGUUGAUUGUAUCAAUUUUGAUUCAGCACCCUGUAAGCUAUGGGAGAGUGGAUCGUUGGAGCUGUUAUUAACCUCUUUGGCAGCAUUGCCAUCAACUUUGGGACUAACCUCCUUAAAGUGGGUCAUAAUGAGCUAACGCUGGGGCAUUGUUUGAAGAGAGAAAGGCAUUCAGUUAUGGACAGUGAGGGCGCGAGUGUGAAGAUUCCUUUGAAGUCUGUGAUGGACUUCCAGAGUUGGAGGGUUGGUGUUGUGGUUUUCUUUCUUGGAAAUUGUCUCAACUUCAUUUCAUUUGCUUAUGCUGCCCAGUCACUUCUUGCCGCCCUUGGGUCUGUUCAAUUUGUGUCCAACAUAGCAUUUGCGUACUUCGUUUUCAACAAAAUGGUGACUGUCAAAGUGCUUGUUGCCACCGCCUUUAUAGUCUUGGGAAAUGUUUUCCUUGUAGCCUUUGGGAACCACCAAUCUCCGGUGUUUACUCCGGAGCAGUUGGUGGAGAAGUACAGCAACAUUACAUUUCUUUUCUACCUUUUGUUUCUAAUCCUUAUUGUUGUCGUUCAUCAAUACAUUUACAGGAGAGGAGAGCUUAUGCUUGCUGUCUCAGGACAAGACCUUAGACCACAUUGGAAAACAUUACUUCCUUUCUCCUAUGCUGUAGUUUCAGGUGCAGUUGGAUCAUGCUCAGUGUUGUUUGCAAAAUCUCUGUCUAAUUUGCUGAGAUUGGCCAUGUCUAGCAGUUAUGCAUUGCACAGCUGGUUCACUUACUCUAUGCUUCUCUUAUUUCUUAGUACUGCAGGUUUUUGGAUGACAAGGUUGAAUGAAGGACUUGCCCAGUUUGAUGCAAUAUUAAUUGUUCCUAUGUUUCAGAUAGUGUGGACUUUCUUCUCUAUCUGUACAGGAUUUGUUUACUUCCAGGAGUAUCAGGUUUUAGAUGCUCUGAGAACAACAAUGUUCACACUUGGAAUGAUGUGUGUCUUCGUGGGCAUCUCUCUGUUGGCCCCUGAUGAGCCAAAAGGCGGUGAGGUCAAGGGAACUUCGGUUCUGGUUUCAGUUGUUUCUUCAAGUGAAUCUGACAGGUUUGUAGUCUCGGCAGAAGAAGGGCAAGAUAAGGGGAAAAGGUCGCUUGUGCAGGGAAUGGUGGUGAGGAUAGCCGAGAUAGUGUCCAAGACAAAGACUGCUUGUUCUAUGUCGCUUGGUCUUGGGGAAGACUCAAUUAAUGCAUCAGCAGUCCUUGUGAUGCCAAUGGUGUCAUCGAAGAUAACAGGGUUCAGAGGGAGUGUGUUUGAUAGGCCAAAGGUUUUCUCAUUGAGGACUGCUGGGUGGAGCAAGAUCUCGAUGGAUGAAGAUGGAAUUAAAGAAGUGCCCGACGCAAACCUCGAGCUUCCUCAAACCCUUUGAUCAUAUUAGGUCGAGAAGCAGAGAGAGCAAUGGACAUGUACUCGUCUUAGGAGCCAGCUUAUUACCCUCCCAAAGAACCGAAGCAGAAGAAAGAAGGGUAAAAUGUGAUUCUUUUUUAUUUCCACUUUGUUGCAUAUUGCUAUUAUUAAUUUUUGUUUUGGGGUGUGAAGUUUGUGAUUAGGCAAUGUAUUGAUAGGCGAUGGAGCAGUGUGUAGAAAUAGACUUAUUAAGGGAGUUGUCUAACUUUUGUAAUCAUCCAUCCCCACGCAUUUGUAUAUGUAAUUAUCUGUUCUCUCGAUUGCUGAGAGCCGGGUGGAAAUGUAAGUUUUGUAUAUGGCAUUCAAAUUGAGGUGAAGGCUAGAUCCUACUUUUGUUAAUGGGCGGGCGGGCGUCUUGUUUUGAAAUUUGUCUUGAUUACUCUUAAGUGCAAAACUCCAAAAUUAUGUUGUCA